UAGUUACAACAGCCUGAAGAAAAAUUAUGGCUUCACCUACAUCAGGUCCUGAUUUGAGGAUUGUGAUAAUAGGAAAAACUGGUGUGGGGAAGAGUUCCUCUGGAAACACCAUCCUGGGAAAAAAACAUUUCGAAUCUCGUCCCAGUUCAGAGUCAGUGACUAAAACUUGUCAAACAGGUGAAACACAGUGGGAAGGGAGAAAUAUUUCUGUCAUAGACACACCAGGAAUCCUGGACACUCAGAAAUCUGCAGAGAUGAUCAAAAAUGAAAUUAUUAAAUGCGUUGAAGUCUCCAGUCCAGGUCCUCAUGUUUUUCUACUGGUGCUCCAAGUUGGUCGAUUCACCACAGAGGAGAAAAACUCUGUGGAAGCCCUGCAGGAGCUGUUUGGUCCAAAAGCUCAACAUUAUAUGAUUGUGCUGUUCACCCACGGAGUUGACCUUGAAGACCAGGAAAUCCCCAUACAGCAGUAUGUACGUGAAGCCAAAUCAGACAAGCUCAGACAAGUCAUCCACAGCUGUGGAAACAGGUUCCACGUCUUCAACAACAGAAGCAAAGACAGAAAGCAGGUGGAGGAGCUGAUGAAGAAGAUUGAUGACAUGGUGGCAGGAAACGGUGACACAUACUACACAAAUGCCAUGUACAGAGAGGUGGAAGAAAGGAAACAGAGACAAGCUGACAGGGAGGACGAAGAAUACAAGUUCACGAGUCAACUGAUAGAUCAGAUUCUACGUUUUCAUUUAUGUCUUAAAAAAGAAUAA